AUGGAGAGGCGGGAGGAGCAGAGACCCCGGGAUGGGGGGUCUCAAGGCUCCCGCCAAGCCUUUGCUGCUGUGCCUGGCACCACCCCCUCCCGUCUCCUCCGCAAGCUGCCUGCACAGGAGGAGAAGUACAGGCCCGCCCAGGACCCGCCCUCCCAGGAGGCACAGCUGUCCAUGGCAGCCUCGCCCAGCGAUGGCUUCCGCCGUCUGCGCUGGGGGUCCAAGCGCCUGUCACGCCCCGUGCAGCAAGAGAUGGACACUGGCAGGGAGAUCACGGGCGAGCACCCAAGCGACAGCCCGCCCUGGGAGGAAGAGCUCGUCAGCAAAAUCAGGGCCAUGUCGGCCUUGGAGAAGACGCUGGCCUUGGAGGCCGUCAGCCACUGCAUCCAGAGGCACAGCCAGCCUGGUGGGGCGUGCGGCCCGAGCGCAGUGCUCUGCCCACAGCUCGUCAGGAAGGAGGUGUCCUACACCAGCAUCCAGGAGCUCCUGGCCUCCUUGAAGCUGGACCUCAAGCAGCCUUUGGAGAAGACCUUCCCUUUCCACUUCUACGGGCUGAUCCUCAGAGAGUGUGCCAGUGUCGACCUGGUGAAGAGGCACCUGGCCAGCCUCCUCGAGCUGUGCCACCAGUCAUCCAGCCAGCGAGAGGGCAUUGCGCUGGCUAUCGGCAUAACAUCCACCUCGCACAUGGAGGAGGUGUGGGCCAUGCUGGAGCACCUGGGCCGCACCAGGUUCCUGCAGUCUACCUUCAUGCCCCCAGAGAGCCAGCAACUGGACCCCAACACUCACUGGAAAUGGGUCGGCAGCACUUCUCUGCUCUGCCUCGGGCAGAUCGCCAUGCACGCCCGGGAGCAGAUCCUGCCCUGGGUGGACAACAUUGCCUCCAGGAUGGUGUACUACUUCUCGUGCAGCCCCUAUGACAAUGUCCUAAAAACCAGCUUCCUUUCGGCGGCCAUCAUGCUCAUGAAAGCUCUCCAGCGGGAAGAUGGCACCCAGAACUACAAAUUCACUCAGAUAUCAGAGCUCAUCUCGUGUCUCCUGUGCGUCCUCCAGAAGGAGCCCAACUUCCUGGCCACCCUCUUCCGGCAGAAGAUCAUAUUGGUCAUCACGGCACUGAGCAACCUGCGGCCCAGUCUCAAACCCACGGUCAAGUCCAAGAUCCUGCAGACCUGCCUGCAGAGCCUGUACUCGCUCCCCCCAACGGAGACGUUGAAGAGAAAGCUACCUCCGCUGGAGGCGGCCCCGGACGUCAUGGUGACUGCCCUGUUCCUCGGGCCAUCUCGUGUCUUUCUGGGGGAUGGCUUCUGGGUGCUGGGCCAGUGCGUCAGGCCCUUGCCACGUGUGCGAGAGCUGGCCGAGACCUGUGCCUCCAAAUGCACCCACUCGGGCUCAGCUACACAAACCCACCCGCCUUCCAUCAGCCAAGCGAGUCCCAAAGCCCUGCCCAGAGUGUUCGGGGCUAUUACAAAUACGGCUGCCCUGAGCAUUCGCGUACAGACAGCUCUUUGUACGGACCUGCAGCAGUUUUUGUUGGGUAAAUACCCAGCAGUGGAAGGGCUGGGCCAUCAGAUGCUGUACCAGAAGUCCAUGCAGGCACUCGACCUACUCCUCCAGAACUUCGUCUCUGAGAACAAGAGCAUGGACGAGAUCUGCUUCCUUCUGCAGCACACAGAACCCUGGCUGAAGUCAGACAAGAUCCAUGAGCGCAAGCGGGUGGUGCAUUCCAUCUUCCUGCUCCUGAAGUAUGUGGUGGACCACGUGAAGCUCACCGAAGAGGCCAUGCCCUCCAUGCUGGGCCACCAGAUAGGCCUGCUGACACUGCUGUGGCGGGACAAGGACAAGGCCACCCAGAGCCGCUCCCGCCAGUGUGUCUGCCUCCUCCUCCAGCUCCUGAUCCAGCAGAAGGAAACAGAGCCUGGGACGGGAACUCCAGUGCAGUUUGCUGAGGCCGAGGACGUGUUCCAGGAGGAGGGCGUAGGGAAACAAGACGGCGGGGAGUGUGUGCUCAGCCUGACCCACCACGAGGCCUGCAGCGCGGAGCUGCUCCCACCUUGGGGCGGGGCGGGGCUCCUGUUCCCCGAGGCAGGCACUGGCUGCAGGCUACGGGCCUUGGACGAGAACCUGACGGUGGCCCAGCACACGCAGCUCAUCCUCACGCUCCUGCACGAGCUCUGCAGCCGCAACCGCCUGCGCUGCGACCUGGCCGCACAGCUGCUCCUCCUCAUCUUCGAGGACCACAGCAUCAAGCCGGAGCAGGUGGCCGAGAUCCUGCAGGGCCUGUUCCUGAAGCUGCCGUGUAUCAUCUUCAAGAACAUCCUGCAGACCAUGAUGAAGGCUGUGACCAUGCUGGGCACCCAGCACACCCAGGAGACAGUUGAGGUGCUGCUGUCCCUGUGCCACCCUUCAGAGAGGAAGGUCAUACCCCUGUGGACAGCCCUGGCCACCAACAACCGGCUGGCCCGUAAGGUCGUCACCCUGCUCUACAUGAAGCUGAAGCUGCGACCCCCUAAAGAGCUCGUCAGGCUCCCCGAGCAGGCACAGCUCAUUUCCCAGCUGGCCCUGGGCACCAUUUACGAACUCCUCUACGUCCGGGAGUACAAGGCCACAGUGCGCUGGGCCUUUGCCGGCAUCCUCCUGGGCCUGCUCACACAGCUCCACUAUCUGUUUGAGCUGGACGCGGUGGAAGGCAUCUCCGACUACCAGGAGGACAUCCUGGAGGCGAGGACCCUCAGCCCCUGCAGGACUUGCCUGGAGGCCCUGAAGGGUCUCUUCUGGACCACCAACUACUGGGAGGUGUUCGCCGAGCUCAAGCUGCUGAGGGCCUGGGAGCUCUUUGAGCACCUGGAAACCUACACAGAGGGGGUGACCCUCUUGGCCAGGGCCAUGGCCCACUACGACUGUGAGGUCAAGGCUGUCUUGGGGCAGGCGGUCAUCUCCCUGAAGAGCUCUGAGGAACGGGACAAUAUCGUGGCCAUCCUCAUCAUCACAGAGUUUCUCAAUAGCCAAGAGCUCACCCAGUACACGUCUCGGAAAACCAUGGACAAUUUCCUGAACCUGGGCCUGAACAACCCCAACCAGCUGGUGCGGGCCAUGAGCCUGAAGGGCCUGAGCAGUAUCCUGAUGCACCCUAAGAAGGUGGUCCUGCUUCGGAACCGGCUGGUCGGGCUGCUGGACAGCUUCCUGAAGCCUGAGCCCAGGGACCUCACUGGCCUAAUGGAGAUCCUGGGCGACAUCGUGCACUGCCUGGGCGGGCAGGGUGUUGGCACACUCAGCCUCAAGAUCGCCCAGCGCCUGCUGUCACUGUUCGAGCACGCCCAGGGGGACGUGCGUGCGGGGGCCAUCUUCCUGUAUGGAAGUGUCAUCUACAGCGGUGGUAGGAAGCUACGGCCGGCACUCCGGACCCACGCCUGGCACGCCCUGGUGCCCCUGCUGCUGCACCUGGGCGACUCCUGCCCCCAGGUGGUCACGAAGACCAAGUUCACCUUCCUGCGCUGCGCCAUCUUGCUGAAGUGGGAGUUUCGGAAGGAGCUGUUUGGCAAGUUGGCCUGGGGCAGCGGCCUGGGCGCCGAGAACGACAUCUUUAUCUACAUGGUAGAGAGCAACUUUGGCAGCUACCACCAGUUCCUCAUGCAGGCCCUCAUGUACCUGAGCAGCCCCCACCACAGCAUGAAGCUGGCGGCCAUGAGGUUCAUCGGAGGACUACUACAGGACUACUUUGCCGACCUCUGCGUCUACUUGACAAAGAACGACGUGCAGAUCCUCCUGACACGUGAGCGGGGCCUCUGCCCUCAGCCCCCGCCAGGCCACCAGGGACGGGGUCUCUCUCCCCUGACACCUGACAGCGUCCCUCUGGCCUGGGGGACUCCCCUCUUCUCCUUGAGACUCGGUUCCACGACAGGCUUCGAGUUGCUCAAGCAGGACCGGGACUCCACGAGCCGCAGAUUCUACCGCAGUUUCUUGGAUGAUGUCAUUGAAUUGUCCCAGUAUGUGACCUACUGA